AUGCCUCUUCCAAUCCAAAUUGCGCACAAGCCGAUUGGCAAGCCCGAAAUCGGCGUCAACAAUUAUCAGGGCUUCACCCCUGGUCGCACAGAAGUCCUGCCAGAGGGCUGGAACGGCUACAAUGCAAAACCUCUCGAGAGCGACAUUCGUAUCGACCAUGAUGUUGAGAUCAAAGUCCGAGAUGGCUGCAGACUAUACAUCGACGUCUACCGGCCGGCGGACAGCAAAGAGAAGAUCCCCGCCAUAGUGGGAUGGUCACCCUACGGCAAGAAGUACAGCGCGCUCACUAUGCUUCCCAUGACACCGUGGUCUUGCUGUGUCAAGAGGAGUGACUUGAGCGGGCUAGAAAAGUUCGAGGGCCUGGAUCCCCAGAGAUGGUGUCCCAAGGGCUACGCCAUCAUCAGUGUCGACAGCAGAGGCACCGGAAACAGCGACGGACAGGCCCCAAUCAUGGGGCUGCAGGAUGCCGAGGAUGCCUAUGAUGUCAUUGAAGCCAUUGCGAAGUUGGAUUGGUGCAAUGGCAGCGUUGGCAUGGCUGGGAACUCUGCCCUCGCAAUUGCCCAAUGGCACGUUGCAGCCUUAAACCCUCCAUCGUUGAAAGCUAUUGCGCCGUGGGAGGCGAGUGGAGAUCUGUUCCGCGAGCAAUUCGUCAGAGGCGGCAUCUUCUCUAUGAGCAACUUCGACUUGAUCACCAACCUCAUCAUCAAAGGCAAUUCAGGCGUGGAAGACUUCGCAGAGAUGUACCGUCGUAGCCCACUGUCCAACAUCUGGUGGGAAGACAAGCGCGCAAACAUGAAGGCCAUCAAUAUUCCCGCCUACAUCUCUGGAUCGGACUUCAGCUCCAUCCACACUAUGGGCAGCAUCAGAGGCUUCAUUGAGCUGGGAUGCUCUCAAAAAUGGAUUCGCUGGAGCGCUUGGCAAGAGUGGUUUGACUUGUACAGUGUACCGGAAACCAACGAGGAUUUGGCCAAAUUCUUUGACAGAUAUCUCAAAGGCAUCGAAAACGACUGGGAAAAGACGCCCAAAGUGAGGUGGACCUCCCUCAAAUUUGGAGACAGAGAAGCCGAGAGCGAUAUUGAAUUCGAAGAUUUCCCUCCUCCCAAUACCGACUACAAGACAUUCUACCUAAACUCCAAAGCUUUGACUGAGACGAUUCCUGAGAGCUCCUCCAAAGCUUCAUACAACUCUGAAGACGGGAAAUCACUUGCGAAGUUCACUUACACCUUCGAUAAGCCAUCGCGACUGAUCGGCAUCCCCAAGGCAGUCGUCUACAUGUCUUGCCCUUCCCAUGAUGACAUGAACGUAUUCAUCAAUAUCAGAAAGCUAGAUAAAGAAGGCAAUCCUAUGAAACACCUCUGUUUCCCUUUUUCGGCUGCACCAGUCAAUUCCAUCCACGAUAUCCCAGAAAAGGAGCAAAGUAGUACCAACCUUCAUCUCGGUUCGGUUGGCCAGCUGCGGGCUUCCCAUAGGAAGAUCGACCCUUCUCGUUCGAUGCACCCGCAGUUUCCCUUUCAUCCCCAUGAUGAGGAGAACAAGGUUCCACCUGGUACAGUGGUGGAGUUGGAGGUCGGCAUAUGGGCUAUGGGAGUUGACUACGAAACCGGUGAAUCGGUUCAGGUGCAAAUUGGUGGCCAGUUCCCUUCAAUCGCUGAAUACAAGGCCUUUUCGACUGAGCGGCCUGAGCACGAGAGGAACAAGGGAGAGCAUUUCAUUCACUGCGGACCCGAGUAUCAGAGUCGUAUCAUUCUGCCGUUCAUCCAAUAG